AUGAAGGCGACGGGCCGUCCGCCCGCGUCGGCGGACUGCCGGCAGCCGCCGCUGUUGUCCCGUCCCGCCCUCAUUAGGCUCCCGGCGGGGAGGCGGAACGGGAGGCGGGGCGGGCGGGAUUUAGCAUCUGUGCUCACUCCACUUGGUCCAGUUCUGGUGGUGGGAUCCCGAGACCCGGGUCUUCCCCGCAUCCAGGAGGCAUCAAUUGAUGUCAAACGUUUGUGUGUGUGUGUGUGUGUGGCAGAGGCGUGUGUGUUGAGCAGGUCUCCCCCUGCCGGUGGGUUGUGGUCAGAGCAGUUGCCGCCUCACCUGCACAGGAACAAACAGCUUGAGGACGCGCUGCGGCGGCGGGACGAGGAGAUGGGUCGCCUCCGGGACGAGAACGACAAACUGCGCCGAUUCCUCGACCGGUCGUCCGGCGACCUAAACCAAAAGUUGAGCGCCGACAGAACCAGGAAUCUGAACCGGAAUCGGCCGUACCACGUCGGACGGUUCCAGAACUCCGCUCGGCGCCACCUUCAGGUCACCAAGCACGUUUGUCGGAACCUUAGCUCCGAGUUCAGUUCUACCGAGUUCAGUUCCGACGAAUCCGGUACCGCCGCCUCCGAACCUGCGCCUGACCUUUGGGUUCUGAGGACUCUCGGUCUGAAGGACCCGGCCACCGUCGACACGUCCUCACCUCUCACCCGCAAAAUCGAGAGCCACCGGUCAGACUUCAGCCACGAAGGUCCGCAAAGUCCUCCCGCCUUCUCGGCGUCCACUCCAAACCGCAGCGGUCCGCCCCCAGGACACCUGUUUCCCGAGGAGACUCGCUUCGGCCAGGCUCCUUUCAGCGAUCCGGUCCCGAACUGGUCCCGUACCCCGCAGACUCCAUGCCGAGUCAAUUGUCCCGAAGGGGGACGUCCGGACUUGGCCUUUGCGAUGUCCCUGAGCCCAGCCAGUAGCGUGAAGACCCUCAGCUACCCUCAGGGGCAGGCCUUCGUCAGGACGGAUCCCAAAGGAGGCUACAACUUCACCUGGUUGCCUACACACACCUCCAGAAACCAGGACCUGGGUGGUGGACUUGAUGGGCCACGCAAACCCCAAGACCUAAGACUACUUCAUGGAACCUGACUCAUAGAUUAUCAUUCACUUAUGCCUAACUCAGAACCAGUUUGUCUCCCUGAGGCCACCGUAGCCAAGUGUGUAGGUUGCUAAGCUAAUCGUUGUAGUUAGAAAUAAACAUGUUGAUGUACA